AACACCGCCAAAAUGACUGCUGCGUGGAAAGCCGCUGGCCUUACCUACAACCGCUACCUGGCCGUCGCCGCCCGCGUCGUCCGCCGAAGCUUGAAGGAGGAUAAGAGAAUCGCUGCCGAGCGACGAGGCGAGAUGGACCUGCGAUUCGCCAAGUGGCAGAACGGCAAGCAGGGCGAGCCCCAGAACCUGGCCGCUGCCAACGCCGCCAACGCCGCCGAGAACGCUGCUUAAAGCAGAUCGACGUAUGGAUGAUUGCGCGUGGAUAAUGGGAGCGUGGCGCCCGAGGGGUUUGCUCGGCCCAAGACGAGAUGGAAUAGAGCAGCUCAGCCUGCUCACGGGGAGGGCAACCAAUUGCAUGCACCUAGUGCCACUGUAUCAAUAACGAUUGCUGCAAUGUUAUCAAUC